AUGUCGGUCCCCGCUGCUUCUGCUUCCGUUCACCUGUCUACUUCCUCCGAGGCCUCAUCUCAUUCCUCGGCGCGAUCCUCUCAAACCCCUUCCCAUAGUCUGAGCCCGUCGGGCUUCUACCAGACCACCCGCACUUCCCAUGUUCCUAUUCUUGAACCACCAUCCUACCUUUCUCCGGCUGUGCGCGCGCUCAAGCAAGGUUCCUUUGGACUAACCCCUCCCAGCAAUGCGCGGACACGAGCCCCAUUCAAGCCCCGCUCCGCGGCCAAGGGUACCAGCAGCUACCAGCUGAGACAAUUCGCCGAGGCAACUUUAGGAAGUGGCAGUCUGCGCAAGGCUGUCAAGCUUCCCGAGGGCGAGGAUUUGAACGAGUGGCUUGCCGUGAACGUCGUCGACUUCUACAACCAGAUCAACCUCCUCUACGGAUCCAUAACCGAGUUCUGCUCGCCACAGACAUGCCCCGAAAUGAAGGCAACGGAUGAAUUUGAAUACCUCUGGCAAGACUCGGAAAACUACAAGCGUCCGACCAAGAUGUCGGCACCCGAAUACAUCGAGCACCUGAUGAGCUGGGUACAGAGCAACAUCGAUAAUGAGCAGAUGUUCCCCAGCCGAAUCGGUGUUCCCUUCCCGAAGACAUUCCCCAGCCUCAUCCGCCAGAUCUUCAAACGCCUGUACCGUGUGUAUGCUCAUAUCUACUGCCACCACUACCCGGUAGUGGUGCACCUCGGUCUCGAGCCUCACCUCAACACGAGCUUCAAACACUACGUCCUAUUUAUCGAUGAGCACAAGCUGGCUAGCGGGAAAGAUUACUGGGGACCGCUGGGUGAUCUGGUAGACAGCAUGUUGCGCAGCGACUGA